AUGGGAAACGACGGCGGAUCAAUUCCAAAGAGGAUCGAGCUCGUAAAAGAAAAACAAAAAGAAGUUCGACCGGAUCAAAACGCUUUAAAAAUAGCGACUUGGUUCUUUUGCGUGUUGUCAAAGCGUCUGCUACAAGAUCCAGUUGUUUCCUGUGCCUUGGGAAAGUUGUAUAACAAAGAUGCAAUCAUAGAAUAUUUAUUAAAUAAAAGUUCGUACGGAGAUGGCGACAUUAUUUGCUCUCACAUCACUAGUCUAAAGGACGUUAAAGCUUUAAAUCUUACACCCAACCCUGCAUUUAAAGAAUCCUCCGCGGCGAGUAUUGCACAUUUUGAUCAGGGAAUGGUAUCACGAUUUAUUUGUCCGAUUACCAGGAAAGAAAUGAAUGGCAAAUUGAAGUUCGUAUAUUUGAAUACUUGCGGUUGCGUGUUCUCAGAGCAAGGGUUAAAAGAAAUACCCAGCGAGACAUCCACCAGUUCGAGCGGAGGAAAUACAAAUUCCGCUUCCGGUGAUAAUAAGAGAAAAAUAGGUGAUGAUAGUUCGAAUUCACAACCACAGAAGAAACUUGUGGUUGAGCCCCAUAAUGUUAAUAGUAGUUUACCUGCGACUGCCGUUGUCAAUCAAAAAGUUAAGGAAAAUUUGCCUACUAAUUCCACAAGAGUUAAACAAUCAAAAGCAAUCCAAUCCAUUUAUUCCAAAAAAAAGGAUAAUGGUGUUGCGGAAAGUUAUUUAGUUAGGGGAACCUUCAAUAGAUAUGCAGCAUA